UUUGCUUGGUGGGCAGACAAUGUUGUCUUGUGCCUGGCAAAUGUUAAAAGAACACGGUUGUGUUCCUCUUUAAGUCAACCACUUGUAUUGCACCACAUCGCAACGAUGCCACCCAAAAAAGACACAAAACAACACAGGAGCCCGUUUUGCGCGCUACAGCGGGGGUUAGAAGCGCUGGAACUGGGUGACAGAUUUUGCAGCGACACCGGGACCGACUCAGGAAAAACAUUCGAGGUGAAGGACAACAUGUGCGCGCAGCGGAAGAGAAAGAGGUCACUGGAAGACGAUUUUGAGACGGAAUCAUCGCUGAACGCCAGGGAAAAGGGCCCAGAAGAUGUCAGAACCAUCCCAGAGGCACUACAGUGUCUGAAGAAACUAAAGACGUUUGUGGUGAGGGAGGGGCACACAGACGUCUUGGACAACGUCUUGGAGCUGGAGAACGUCUUGGGGGAGAAGUGUAAGAGAAAACUUGUACGACCAAGGUCUAAGGCUGUAAAACAGACGACAGUUACGGACUUCUUCAGGAAGAAACAUUUAAGUCAGAUUGCGGAGAUGGACUGAAAGUUAACAGUUCUUCAUCAGCAAGUUUCUGUGAAAUGCUGGCUGUGACAUGACAGUACGUUACGGGUAAAUAAUGGGCGUAACUCUACAAUAACAGGCCUUACCUUUUCA